AUGGCUACCCCCAAUCUAAAUGAAAUCCACGACACCCUAAUUGAUCUAGCCUUCAAGGCCGGAGAAAUCAUAAACAAUGCCCUCCCAGACACCGGUCCAGACUCCAAGAAGAACACUUCCACGGCGAAGAAACCUACACCCCAACAACUCCCCCUAACAACAGCCCCAACAUUCAUAAUCGACCCCAUAGACGGAACAAUAAAUUUCAUCCACAACUUCCCACACGCCUGCGUCUCCCUCGGCUUCGCAAUCAACAAGAUCCCCACCGUCGGCGUUGUCUACAACCCCUCAACACAAACCCUCUACAGCGCGAUAAAAGGCCAAGGCGCGUUCAAAAACCGCACCACACGUCUUCCCCUAUCCGGUCCUACCCCGGCCCCGCUGACAGGUCUAUCAAAUGCGCUUGUUGCGAUUGAGUGGGGCUCUGAUCGGGGCGGGGCGAAUUGGGGCGUCAAGACGCGGACGUUUGAGAGGCUCGGCGCUGAUAAGAGUCAAGGUGGUGCGAUGGUGCGGUCUUUUCGGAGUUUGGGGAGUGCGGCGUUGAAUAUUUGUGCUGUUGCUGAGGGGGUGGUGGAUGUUUAUUGGGAGGGCGGGUGUUGGGAGUGGGAUGUUUGUGCUGGUUGGGUUAUUCUGGGUGAGGCGGGGGGUGUGAUUGUUGAUGGGAAUCCCGGUGGGUGGGAGGUCGCUGUUGAUGGAAGGAGAUAUCUGGCUGUUAGGGGGGCGGAGAAGGGGCAGAGGGAGAUUGUUGAGGAAUUUUGGAGUUAUAUUCAGGGGAGGUUGACUUAUGGUAACUAA